GCGCAUCUCGCCACGAGCGCCUUGUCUCAGCUUCAAUUCGAGUCCAGUCAGAGGCGGUUGUACAAAUAUUCACUUGUGCUUUGCGUCCUCCUCGCCUGUAACGCAGUCUACACUGUGGGGUUAUCCACGUUUCAGAGAGCUCUUCCACUCCGGCGAGACAAACUUGAGGAAUAUCUAAAGAUGGAAAAGACGAAUCUCCCGUAAACUACAACUGAGCAGAGUUUACUAACAUCGGAAUUCCUGACUCGACCUCAAAUCUCACUUUAUUUUCCACAGGUGGGAUGCCAUAACUGGUGUGAGACAGAGAGAGACUGAGGAACCAUGGACUCCUUGAUCUUUGCGUCAUCCCCCCCGAACCUUUCGGACCACCUCAUGUAUGACAGCUUCAUGCAGGGGAAUGAGUCUGAGCUCCACGGGAACUACACAGACCACAGCUUCAACCAAAUCAGCACGGUGAUCAUCACCUGCCUCUACUUUUUGGUUUGCACCGUGGGGCUCUGCGGAAACGCUCUCGUCAUCUACGUCAUCCUGCGCUAUGCCAAGAUGAAGACAGUCACCAACAUCUACAUCCUCAACCUGGCGGUGGCCGACGUGCUCUUCAUGCUGGGCCUGCCGUUCAUCGCCAUCCAGUUGGCGCUCGUCCACUGGCCCUUUGGUCCCGUGCUCUGCAGGGUGGUGAUGACCGUGGACUCCCUGAACCAGUUCACAUCCAUCUUCUGCCUGAUGGUGAUGAGCAUCGACCGGUACCUGGCCGUGGUGCAUCCGAUCAAGUCCACGAAGUGGCGCAAACCUCGAAUGGCCAAGACAAUCAACUUAGCAGUGUGGGGGGUGUCGCUGUUGGUUAACAUUCCCAUCGUCAUCUACAGCGGCAUCAUCACAAAGCACAACGGCUGCUUCUGCACCAUCGUGUGGCCUGAGCCUCAAGAGGCCUACUACACAGCUUUCAUGUUCUACACCUUCAUCCUGGGCUUCUUCCUGCCGCUCAUGGUCAUCUGCCUCUGCUACUUGUUCAUCAUCAUCAAGGUGAAGUCGUCAGGCAUCCGCGUGGGCUCCUCCAAGAGGAAGCGCUCCGAGCGGAAGGUGACUCGCAUGGUGUCCAUCGUGGUGGCGGUGUUCGUCUUCUGCUGGCUGCCCUUCUACAUCUUCAACGUCACCUCAGUAACGGGCACCAUCAGCACCACCCCCAUCCUGAGGAGCACGUUUGCUUUCGUGGUGGUGCUAGGGUACGCCAACAGCUGCGCCAACCCCAUCCUCUACGCGUUCCUCUCGGAGAAUUUCAAGAAAAGUUUCCAGAAUGUGCUCUGCCUUAAGAAGGUGGGAGGGCUGGAUGAGGUCGAUCGCAGCGAUAGCCGGCAGGAUAAAUCUCGCAUGAUGAACGACCCGACGGAGACGCAGAGUACGCUGCUGAACGGCGACCUGCAGACCAGCAUCUGAGAGGAAGGACACGCAGACAGCCCUCUCUCUCUGUGGAAGUGGAAACAGUCCCUCUAAGAUCACACCAGAGGGGACAUCAUUGAAUAUUAAACGAAGAGUUCAGAGGGGAACUUAUCACUUAUCAAGGAGGGAAAAGCACAAACAUAAAUGAACAACAUCAAAAAGAUACAUUCUAACACACUCACAAGCAAGAAUGAAAUGAAUGAUUUCUGUUUGAAUGGAAGAUAAAUGCAAAUGGUCCCUUGGGUGACAUGAUCAUCUUCUUGGAGACAAAGGAUCAUAAACUACAGCAGACGGUCUCUGUCGAGCCUCACUCGUGUUUUGUUGUGUAGAAAUAACAUUUCAGUGUAGGAUGCUAAAACUGUUAAAGGUGUCAUUCCACUAUUCAGUUCCUGUCUCAUCUGCAGCUUGGUGAUGAAUUUAAAUAACUGUAAAAAGAAAAUGGACAAACACAUUGAACACAAAGUCUUUUUUUUGGGGGGUAUUUCAAACUCUUGUAAAUAAGUAAUGGUGUUUCCAGGCCAAUGAAUGUCAGUGUCAUUGAUUCUCAUCUUCUGCGAGGAGACGAUUUCUCUUUAUUAAUUCGUGUGAGCAGUUUAAUUGUAUCAAGUGUAACUGUGAAUACCAGUGUUGAGUGAGUUUACAGAUAUUUAGUGCUGUGUCAUUUCUUGCUGUUUCAUUCCGUGUUUAUAAUUUAUGUUCAAUAAAUUGUUGCCGGCUCGGUCAAUCGACAAAGCCAGCCUCUAACCAAAGUGCUGCUAAGAUGUACAGAAACUACAAUGUUGUAUAAAUAUUGUUGUUUGUGACUCAUGUUGGUGACUGUUCUUUACCACGGCUCAUCCACCAUUUUAUAAUAGAUAUUGUGUAAUAUUUAACGUUCUGUCUUUGUUACUGAUCUUUAUCAAACAUGCAGUGUUUCAUGGCCAAAUGUCCCCAGGGCUGUGGUGUAUGUCACAGGUCACAGGUCACCUGAUGACUGAUGUUUGAGUUAUCAGAAGAGGAUGCACAACAUCCCAAAAGUAGUGAAGGACUGAGAGAGAGUUUUGGAUUUGAUCUGGGUCAAACACAUGUUCAGUUUGGUUUUUGUUUCCGUUUCCCUCCUCUCAUCUGUGGUUGUGAUGUCAGCAGGCUGAGGUUUAUUCCGUGUGAUCUCUGUGCUGUGACUUUUGGAUUUCUCCUCCACAGAGUAGGACGGACUUUACUGCCUCCUCCCAGAGAGAGCUGCUUAGUAUUCUGACACUGACCCGUCCUCUUGUUAUAAUCAGUGGCAUUUGGAAGGGCCACAGUCCUGAGCGCAGUUUCCGACACCGAGGUGUCUGAGAGAUGUGAAUUUGUGAAU